CUCCAUUCACGUCCUCAGCUCGGGGUCAUGUGACCGAGGUCCGUCCUCACCAGAAGCCACUUGAAGUUGUUGUGAAGCAGCUGCUCGGUGCUGCAGCUCCACACUGAUGUGCGAUGGAGAACUUUAAGCUUUUCCUGGCGGCUCUGACGGCCGCCGCAGCCGCGGGGUUGGUCUCAAUAAUAUUCGUGCUAUAUUGGGUUCUCCACUAUAGAGAGGGUUUAGCCUGGGAUGGAGGUCCGGCUGAAUUCAACUGGCAUCCGGUCCUCAUAGUGAUCGGGUUUAUUUUCUUGCAAGGAACAGCCAUCAUAGUCUACAGACUGCCCUGGACCUGGCAUUGCAGCAAACUGAUGAUGAAGUUUAUCCAUGCUGGCUUGAAUUUACUAGCCUUCAUCCUAGCUGUCAUAUCAAUGGUGGCCGUUUUUGACUUCCACAAUGCUGCCAAUAUCCCCAACAUGUACAGUCUGCACAGCUGGGUGGGCCUCGCAGCUGUGAUACUGUACGGUCUGCAGAUUGUUCUUGGAGUUGGCAUGUACUUGAUGCCAUUUACACCUGCAUCCUGGAGAGCAGCGUUUAUGCCCUUGCAUGUCUACGGAGGUCUUUUCCUUUUCACCAGUGUAAUAGCUGUGUCACUCAUGGGCAUCACAGAGAAACUCAUUUUUAGUUUGAGCAACCCGAAGUAUAAGGACUCUCCUCCAGAGGCAAUCUUUGUGAAUGUUCUGGGACUCCUCCUCAUUGGUUUUGGAGCAGUGGUCCUCUGGAUUGCCACUCGAAAGUCUUGGAAACGUCCCAGUGAACAGAUCUUGCAUACACUGCAUACCGACGGGGGAGUUGAGGACAGCAGCAAAGUUGGACCAGCCAUGUCUCAGCUAUCUGAUCUAGCUAAUGAGGAGACCUGUGGGGAUGUCAGGAAGAGGAGUUGCAAAUUAGAGGAUCAGGCUAACUGAUUAGUAAAUAACUGACUCAGAGCGGGUUCUUUAUCCAGUGUUUAAUGUAUGUGUUCACACUUCAGCAAAAAUGAAGAUGUCAUAUUUUUCUAUCCUGCACUCAAGCAAGUAUUUCAUUCUGUUGGUAGUUUUAUUGUAUUGUUAUAAGCACAUGUAAAUAAUGGUCAGCUUUUUAUGAUUGAGAUAAUGUUGGAAUACACUGUACAAUAAUGCUUAAUGUUCCUAAUUCUUAUGAUAAUUAUGAUAUUUAGAUUUUUGAAAUAUGAUCAGAAACGUUCAACAUUUUAUAAUAAAUAUUUCUAAUGCUU